GUACUAGGCGGCUUUCAUAGGUCUUCGAGCUGCGGUUUCGUUCCGCGUAUUUUGACACGUUCUGUUUGAUUCGAUGGCUAGACGAAUUCAUGUGGAUAAAGUCCCAAGGACACCCAAGGGAAAGAAUUUGGAUACCCGCAAUAUAUCUUCUGAUGAGAUUGAAUUCGAUUCAGAGAUAACCAUAAAAUCAUCUCUAGUACGUGAGUGUGAACCUGAGAAUGAUUUGUUUAAAGAGGCUGAACCAAAUGAUGAAGACGAUAAUAAACCAAAGUUUGUUGCUCGUAAAUCCAUAGAUCUCCGAAAAAUACGUUCAGAAAAAGAUAAAUGGGAAGCCAUCUGCUCCAGUCCUAUGGUGGAUUCUCGACCUCGAAGAUUGAGUUAUUCAAAAUCUUUCAGUGAAGGUGUGUUAGAUUCCAACGAUCCUAAAACUCCUAUGCGUUUACCUAAGUACAAUGACCCUAUUUCAUCUACAUCACGCCGACUGUCACGUAUAGUAAUCAAUCGUCGGUUUUCCAUGUUAGAAAUGAACCGUAAUCCUACAUUUCCUGGAAAAUCGAAUUCAGAUAACAUAAUGCCUGCUGAUGAGUGCGAAAUGCAAGAUGUGGCGGAGAAUUCAUUCACUUCAGAAGACAAGGAGAAUAUUCAACCAUCAGAGAAAAUUGCCUCACCUUCUUCUAACGAAGUAAACAAUGAAACUCUAAACAUGUCUACAGUUGAUCCUAACUCAGUCUCUGAAUUCCGUAUGCUUGCGGAUAUGGAAACAUCUCGACUACUCGCAUUAUGCGGGGAUUGGAAUUGUGUACUAUCUGAAGAAGGCGAAAAUAUGCCAGAACAGGCACGCGAUUCUGUUAGAGCAGCCGUAGGAAAGUGUGAACUUUUGUUACAGAAAAAAUUACCAUUUUUUAAAAGUUUAAUUGAAAUGGCCGAGAAAAGUGACAUUGAUGAUAACGACACACCAAAAACGGAUUUAAACGAUCUUCUUGGCUAUUGGACUUUAGUAUCUAAUGAAAUUCGUCUAUCUGAUAGUGCUUUUGAACGUCUGCGUGUUUGGCGUGAAGAAUGUAACUGGUCAGUGGAGCAGUAUCCUGUUACUCCAGCUAGAUCGCAAAUUAUUAAACGUCGUGGUCGUCCACCAAAACACGUAAAAGAUACAACGACAAUAACAACACCUCCAAAGAGAGGUAAACUGAAAAAUUCUCAACCUGUUAACAGUGAACUUGUCAACGCGAAUGAAGUAGAGAAUGCGUCAACUUCUUCAAAAUCAGACUCAGUUGUUACAAAAUCACCUAAGCUGAAGAGUACACAGAAAAAGACAGUGAAGUCUAGAUUUGCUCAGUUUUUAGAAGCUAAAAGAGCAGAAGCUGCUUCAGCUGCGACUGAGAAAAAUCCGUCUCCUCCUAAAACUAUCAUUGAUGUGCUUUCUCCACUUGGUUUACGCCCCGUCAGUGAAGUUCGUAAGGAUAAAACUAAUAACAAUAAGUAAUCAGUUACAAGAUGAAGUAGUGGAACAACUGAGAGAAAAGAAUCACAACAAUAUACUUCAGUUCUCCACCGUUUAAUCAAUAAUUUUGUGUACUUAUUCGUUUAUAAUGCUUACUGAACUCGACUAUAUCACAUUAUUACUAUGAUUAUCAUUGUUCUUACAAACAUGUAUGUAUUGUUUUGAUAUGUGGACAGUAACUCUGAUAGCUUUAUUCUUCAACAAACGUAAUGCCAAAAGUUUAUGCUUAUUUUUUUCUGUGUAUGUCUGUCUAUGUGUCUAUUCAUAACUUUAUCUUUUUGCUGUUAACAGAUAAUUUAUUGAAUAUCUUUUUACAGACGUAUACAUCAAUA